AUGGAAACGAAGAAGAAGCGCUUGUUGACGCCGAUCAGUGGAGUUACCAGGCAGAAAGUGUUUCCAACAUGGCAGCGUCAAGUAGUGCAGAGGAAACGCAGUUGCGACACAUGAAGGAGGAAGAUGCAGAAAUGGAGGAUAGAGAGAUGGAUUCUGACCAAGAGGCAGAGGAGGGAAUGGGUGUCGAGGUUUCAGACAACGAAGAGGAUGAUUCAUCUGAAGAUGAGAAAGAAAAUGAAGCUGAAAUCCAGCGAUUAGAGGAGCAGUUGUCAAUCAAUGCUUUUGAUUACAAUUGCCAUGUGGAUCUCAUCAAACUUUUAAAGCAAGAGGGAGAAUUUUUUCGCCUUAGGAAGGCAAGGCAGAAGAUGAGUGAGCUUUUUCCACUAACUGAAGAGAUCUGGUUGGAUUGGCUGAAUGAUGAGAUCCGUCUCACUGAAGAAGAGCCAAACCGUGAGAAAGUGUAUGAACUUUUUGAGAGGGCUAUUAAAGACUAUAUCUGUCCAGAUAUCUGGCUUGAAUAUGCCCAGUAUACAAUUGGAGACAUGGGCUCACCAGGUGGAAUUGAUAAGGUGAGAGCCAUCUUUGAGAGAUCUGUGACAGCUGUGGGGCUGCACAUGACCAAGGGACAGACUUUGUGGGAGGCGUACAGAGAGUUUGAAAACGUCCUUCUAUCCACAGUCCAGCCUCUGCCUGGCAAAGUUCCCAGCCAUGAGGAGCAGGAGCUGCUGAACACACAGCUUGAGCGCAUCCACACACUGUUCCGCCGCCAGCUGGCCAUUCCUUUAAUGGACAUGGAGGGCUACCUAUGCAGAGUAUGAGAGUGGUCUGAACAUGGGGUGCCUGAGACAGUCUCACAUCAGUACAAAAAGGCUUUGCAGCAAAAGGAGAAGCGCAAAGCAUUUGAAGAGGCACUGUUGGCUGCUGAACCUCCAAAGCUGGCAGAAUAUCAGGCCUACAUUGACUAUGAGCUGAAGGAGGGUGACCCAGCACGUAUCCAGAUAACCUCUGAGAGAGCUCUGGCAGAGAACUGCCUCGUGCCAGAUAUGUGGGCAAAAUACACCACCUAUCUUGAUCGUCAGCUAAAGAUCAAAGACUUGGUUCUCUCCACUCACGAACGUGCUGUCAGAAACUGUCCAUGGACCAUGGGCCUGUGGAAGAGUUACCUGUUAGCCCUUGAGAGACACCAGACAGAUCAUCAGACUGUCUCUGAUAUUUUUGAAAAGGCAUUGAAUGCAGGUUUCAUUCAAGCCACAGAUUACGUGGAUAUCUGGCAGGCGUACCUUGAUUACCUGAGGAGACGUGUAGAUUUUACUAAAGAAUCAAGCAAAGAGUUAGAGGAGCUACGAGCAGCCUUCUCUCCUCUAGACUACAUGACAGAUGUUGAAGAAAGGUUUGGUGAAAGUGGAGAUCCUUCCUGUAUUAUAAUGCAGAUCUGGGCAAGGAUAGAGGCCCUCCACUGUAAGAACAUUCAGAAGGCCAGGGAACUGUGGGACAUCAUCAUGACAAAAGGGAAUGCCAAAUAUGCCAACAUGUGGCUGGAGUACUAUAACCUUGAAAGGUCUUAUGGAGAUGCUGUGCACUGUCGUAAGGCUCUGCACAGGGCUGUCCAGUGUACCUCAGACUAUCCAGAGCAUGUGUGUGAGGUCUUGCUCACUUUUGAGAGGGUACAAGGUACGCUGGAGGACUGGGAUGUGGCGGUGCAGAAGACAGAGACCCGGCUGAACAGGGUUAACGAGCAAAGGGCAAAGAUGGCUGAGAAGGAAGCCAACCUGGUCCGCCAAGAGGAGGAGAGAGCUGAGCAGCGGCGGAAGGCCAAGACAGAAAAGAAGGCUCUGAAGAAGGCACAGAAGGGAAAUCGUGUUGGGGAGAAGAGGAAAGCAGAGCAGGAGUACGAUCAGGAUGAGUGGAAUGAGGAGUCGUCAGAGCAUGCUUCUAAAAGGCACAGAGGAGGUGGUGACUCCGUUGCAGAGGAAGAUAUGGAGACCGAGACAGGACUGUUUGGGAGGAAAGUGCCCCCUGGCCAUAAGCCUGGACCACCUACCAUGAAAAAAGUCCAGCAAGAAACUGGCCAGCAGCAGAAAGACAACAAGCCUGAGCUCCGCAACGACAACUGCAGUGUAUUUGUCAGUAACCUGGCAUACACCAUGGAGGAGCCAGAGGCAAAGCUCAGGACACUGUUUGAGAACUGUGGUCCUAUCACACAGGUGCGUCCCGUCUUUGGCAGUAAGGGAGGCUUCAAAGGCUACUGCUAUGUGCAGUUUGAAUCCACGGUGUCAGUCCCCGAGGCACUGAAGCUGGACAGACAGGACGUGGAGGGCAGGCCCAUGUUUGUAUCACCUUGUGUGGACAAAAACAAAAACCCAGACUUCAAGGUGUUCAAAUACAACACGUCUAUGGAGAAGCACAAAAUCUUCAUCUCUGGGCUUCCAUUCACAUGCACGAAGGAGCAGCUAGAAGAGAUAUGCAAAAGUCACGGCACCAUUAAAGAAGUUCGUCUGGUCACUUACCGCUCAGGAAAACCCAAGGGUCUGGCAUAUGUCGAGUUCACAGAAGAAGCCCAGGCAUCUCAAGCAGUACUUAAAAUGGAUGGCAUGGUCAUUGAAGGCAAUAACAUUUCUGUUGCCAUAAGUAACCCCCCUCGCAAGAACAUGGAGAAACCUGGCUCCAGUCACUUCACCUCAGAUGUGAUGCCUCGCCAUGUCUAUGGCGCGAGAGGGCGAGGUCGGACUCAGCUCUCACUGCUUCCUCGUUCACUCCAUCGGCAAAGUGGGCUUGUAAGCAAUGUGGAGAACGGGACUGCAGCGAAGCAGAUACCAGCAGGUGGCAGCGGCAUCCCUAAUGAGGGUGGCGCUUCUGCAGAAUCGCAGUCAAAAUCUUUGUCAAACUCAGACUUUGCCAGAAUGCUUCUCAAUAAGUGAGGCUGCAGGCGAGGGAGUGAAGCCAUCCUGUGUCCUUACAAAUGUGUCGCAAGUUUUCCUGUAAUCGAUUGUGACUUCCCUUUAAUCCGGUUUUGUUGUCAUUCAUUCUGCGACAAUGCCUUAAUUCCCAAGGUCCUGCAAUCCCCCCACAAUUCUUUUGACCUGUGGAUUGGUUGUGUGUGAAUAUGAAUGUGGGCAGUUUUAUAAAAACUUGUAUUAUAUUCGUGUAAAUAUACUGUCUAAAACUGUAAACCUCAUCUUGUUGUCUGUAUGACUUUUUUCUUUUUUUAAUAUUCCAUCAGCAAAACUUGUGAAUGUUUAAAAAGGGUACAUGAAAAUGGUGAACAGAUGUGGUGUUAUAGUCUGUGUGUGUGUGUGUGUGUGUGUGUGUGUGUGUGUGUGUGUGUGUGUGUGUGUGUACAUAAAUUAGAACUACUACAGUGAUGAAAAGACCUCAAGAUAUUUGUAGGAAACUUCUGUGAUUUUGUUCUGCAGACUUGGGUAGGGCUUGAGUUGAUGUUUUUUUGUUUUUGUUUUUUUUGCAUAAAAAUACCUUUGUUCAUUUUUGGAAUUAUGAUUGAACAGGUCAGCAAGCAUUCUGCAAAAAAUAUGCUUGAGUGGCUGAUUCAUUGGGGCAUGCCAUGUCACUGCUAAUAGUUAACCAGAGAUUAAAUAAUAUUUUACAUUAAACAAACUGCCAUCUUAUGCUUUCUGCCUUCAUAGAUCGCUGGUCCAAAUGACAGAUUUAAAGUACUUUCAUCAUCAUCAAACUAUUUCAGACACAAGGUCCAUAGUAACACAAAAGAACAUACAAAAAAAAAAAAAACAAUAAAAAGACCAAUUU